AUGCAAACAUGCUACAGCGAUCAUUUGCAAGGAAUUUGGAAAAAAAUUAUUGCGACGUCAUGGAAUCCUUCUGCAUUCUACAUCGAUUUGAGGACAUGCCUCAGGCGAUAUAAUCAGUUGUAUCCCGUAGAGAGAAACACAAAUAUUGGAAAAAAAGGACAAAUAGCUAGACAUUUUCAUUCUAUUCUAUUCGAUCAAAUGCGUGAUACAACAAAACUGACAGAAGAUAUUGAAACAACGGAAUUAAGUUAUUACUUUUGCAAAAAUCAAAGUGGAUUUUACAAUUACAUCGCUCAAUAUGCGGCUUCGAGCAGUAUCGAAGAUGAUUCCAAGCCAUUACGUGUUCAUAAAGUAGAAAACAUCAUCAGUUGUAUAUACUCACCGAACAAAUCGUGGAGCUUUUAUAACGCUGUUUUGGACACGAAUAUCUGUCAAAUAUUGCAAGAGUCCCAUCGUGAGCAUGAUGCUGAUCGAAUAAUUCGACAAAUCUUAUCUUUUGCAUCUCAAUAUCGAUGUCCAAUACGUUGUUCGGUCAAACCCACAGCAGUAGACACUUUCAGAUUAUUACGACGUCAUGGAUUUCUUGAAUUACCCGUUGGAAAUGAUGCAUAUCAAUAUGUCGAUUUCUAUCAUCUUGAACGCGAACUUAAACAGAUUGAUCUUUCUUCGGAUAUAACUAUAUUUGAACUUGACGAUGCAACACAGAAUGAUUGUUUCGAGAAGAAAUCAGAAUGGGGUCGUGUUUUGUGUGAAAGCUUUAAUGUACCAAAUCUCGAAAUCUAUCAACAAUUUUAUUCAGACGUCUGGAGCAGAGUCAGUGUUGGUCCGACUACACCAAUACGAAUGUUCACUGCCACAAUCGAUAAUCGUAUCGUUGGUGGAUGUCACGUAAGCUUUUCCAAUGGAGUUGCUUGUCUAUUCAAUGUUGUCACACUGAAAGCAUAUCGCGGCAAAGGUAUAGGGAAAGCAUUAUCACUUCAAGCAAUGAUUUGUGCGAAAGAAGCAGGCUAUCGUUAUAUGAUACUUCAAGGCAGUGAAAUGGGUUUGCAAGUUUAUCGAAAAUUAGGCUUUAAAGCAAUUCCUCCAUGUAAAAUAAUGAUAAAAUUGUCAACGAUGGCAUGGUAUUACAAAAUACUCGAAAUAAUAUUGGACAAAAUUGGUAUUCUACGAUUGCAAAAUUUAAUAAAAUCAAUCAAGAAAUCGUGGAAGUUCAUUUUAUUCAUCUUCGCGAUUAUGAUCAGUAUAAUUAUUGCGAGAAUCCUCAUGUAA